GCACUGUCUCUGUGUAUCAGUAGAACAGCAUCUCUCUCUCCCUGUGUGUGUCUCUCUCUCUCUGCUUAUAUUCACACACACACACACACACACACACACACACACACACACAUUUAUUUAUUCAUCUCAUUAAAACAUGGCGUCCAAGUGUCCUAGGUGUGAGAAGACGGUGUAUUUCGCAGAGAAAGUGAGCUCUCUGGGAAAAGACUGGCACAAAUUCUGUCUAAAGUGUGAACGCUGCAGUAAAACACUGACUCCUGGAGGACACGCCGAGCAUGAUGGGAAACCAUACUGCCAUAAACCCUGCUACGCUGCACUGUAUGGACCCAAAGGUGUGAAUAUCGGUGGUGCUGGAUCAUAUGUGUAUGAAACACCGGUGACUGAGACACAGACCACCUCCACACCACCCAGAGCUGAGGAUAGGAAAACUGCAGUGCCACCUAGAGGCCCGGUGAAGGCUGCCAGUUUCUCGUCGUUCUCUGGAGAACCGAAUAUCUGUCCCCGCUGCAACAAAACCGUCUACUUCGCGGAGAAGGUGAUGUCCCUGGGUAAGUAUUGGCACAGGCCGUGUCUGCGCUGUGAGAGGUGCAGUAAGACGCUUGCUCCAGGAGGUCACGCUGAGCAUGAUGGCCAGCCGUACUGCCAUAAACCCUGCUACGCUGUCUUGUUUGGACCUAAAGGUGUGAACACUGGAGGGAUGGGCAGCUACAUCUAUGAAGAGCCAAACGCUGAGCCUCAACCAUGAAUCCACCACACACACACACACACACACACACACACAGUUUAUACUUUUAUAUAUCGAUGAUGUAGUGUUCAGGUGAAUUAAACACUGAUGUCACUAAUACAGUAUUAUUAUUCCUCUUAUUAUUGUUAUACAGUAUUAUUAUCAGUGUUGGUUGUUUAAUGUGAGUUUAUUUAUAAACACUUACACUGUAUUUAUUUCACAUUUCUUGAUGUUUCAGGGUUACAAAGUGUCAGGUUAUUCACCAGCAUUACAGGGACACCGAGGUUAAUGAGGACUCAGAGGCCAGUAAAUGUUGUUUUCUGGCCCAUAUGAAGUUUUUAAAAUGACCUAAUAAUGACCUUCCACACCAUGAUGUGUAUAAAUAAAAAAUAUGACCACAGAUACCAUGGUGUGUGUGUGUGUGUGUGUGUGUGCGCGCGCGCAUGUGUGUGUGUGUGUGUGUGUGUAAAGUGUCCUCUUAAACCAGGUAAUGAUUUGUGUGCAGGUAAUUAAAUACAGGUCAGAGUGAGCUCACAAGCUCUUAAAGUAGUUGUGUGUAUUUUUUUUUUUAUAUAAAUGAUGAUAAAUGUUUUAUAAAUUAAAUUCAACCUUUUGUGAUUUAAAGUAUCACAGUAUCAUGACUUCAGUUG